CUAUCGUUUCCAAUAUAUGCGAACUGUCUGCCUUGCGAUUUUUUGGUGGAAGUGAUUCGUUGCAAGCAGGCGGCAAAUAAUUGUGUCGAAAAGUUAUCCAGCAGAGUGUCGCCUGCUUCGAUCGGGCCGUGGGGUGUGUUUGAGUUGUGUGUGGCGUGCGCAGACGGUUGGCUGGAAGAAAGAAGUUUUCCUUGAAACUGUUCCAGCAGAAAAAAAAGCGUUACUACAGUGUACCGGUCCAAUAGUGCGUUAAUGUUGCGCGUGUCAGUGUGUGUGUGUGUGCAUAAACGAAAUCUUCGAUGCAAUUAAAAUCGCAACAGGCAAAACAUCAUUCAUGCACAUCUGUCUCCAGCGUACAGUGUGUGUGUACAAAAAAAGGGCAAUAAAAGGAAUAGAAUAACAGUGUAGUGUGCAGUGUAAGGAUACAAAAAGUGACAAAAAAGUGGGUGCAGUUUAUGUGUGUAUGAGUGAAAAGUCAGACACAUCGUGCAAAAGGGAAGGAAGUGAAUUAUCCUAACGCAGGGUGAACCAAAAAAAGGGUGGAGGAACUUUCCUCCACAACAUCUUCCAAAAAAAAAAACAAAACAGGAAGCGAAUAUUGGUGGUAUUUUCUCGUGAAAAUCUGUGUCCAUAAAAAAGGGCUGUGGUUGCUCUUGUGUGGUGAAGGAUCGUUUCGUACACCGCACCAACACACGAAGCAGCAAACCGGGUGGUUAAAGGAACAGCGCAGCAGAAGCACACAAUUGCGCCGGCAAUACUUUUGGGCCGGAUGCAUCACACCCACACACAGAAAGUUUGCACCACCACACGUUCAAACUGAAGGAAAAUAUCUUCAAGCAGGAAGGCAAACACACAGUGCAGCGCGCGCCCACGAGAAAGAGAAACUCUUCACCGCCGUCAGCUGUUGUAUGAAUUCGUCGUUCUUCCGUUUUACCAACCGAAGCGUUUGAAAGAAGUGAAUUUUUGUGUAGAAAAAAAAACUAGCACAAAACGGAUAUUUUCAAGAUGAGCGAACAAAGUAUUAUUGGUGCUCGGGCCUCGGUCAUGGUGUACGACGAUGUGCAGCGGAAGUGGAUACCGUCCGGCAGCUCGUCCGGAUUGAGCAAGGUGCAAAUAUUCCACCAUCAGCAAAACAACACGUUCCGCGUGGUUGGCCGGAAACUGCAGGAUCAUGAGGUCGUCAUUAACUGCUCGAUCAUCAAGGGCCUGAAGUAUAACCAGGCCACCGCCACGUUUCAUCAGUGGCGUGAUUCGAAGUUUGUGUACGGUUUGAACUUUUCCAGCCCGAUGGAUGCGGAAGCAUUUGCCCGUGCCAUGAUGCACGCCCUCGAUGUUUUGAGUGGACGGGUUAUACCCUCAGCGACGCUGCAAACGACCAAUCCGAACCCGGGCCAGACGGCGUACGAGGAGGACAUGGGCUAUCGUACAAUGACCCGUGAAGAUGCGGCCAUCAUGCAGCAACAGCAGCAGAUGACUAGUCAACCGCCGGGUGUGGGACCGCCACAGCAACCGCCCAACACGAUACCGGGCCCGGGCGGUGGCAUACUGUCCCCCCAGACACCCACAUCUCAAACGCUGCCAUCGCAAGCCACACAGCAGCAGCAGCAGCAGCAACAGACGCAUCAUCGUACAAACAGUGCACCACCGGUCCCGCCAGCGUUACCGUCGACACAGCAGCAGCAGCAGGCAUCGCAGCAGGCGGCACAGCAGCAGCAACAGCAGAAACCGAUCUAUGCAUCACAGCAGAGUAACAGCAGUACCAACAGUAUUACCUAUGGAAGCAAUUCGCAACAGUAUCCGCAGCCAAUCUACGUAGCAUCGAAUCAAAACCAUCAAAUGCUGAAUCAGUCGGUGUUGCCACCGCAACCGCCGCAACAACCACCGCCCCCACAGCAGCCGAUACCGUCGAACCUUUCGAACGGUUCGAUUUACGCGACGGCCACGUGCUCCCCGAGCGCGACUAACACCAAUCCGUCGAAUCCGAUCUACGCCGGUCAGCAGCAGCUAGUGUCGCAACAGCAGCAGCAGCAGCAACAACAGCAGCAGUCGCAGCCACAGCCACCGCCACCACCGAUGAUGAUGCCACCGAACGGUUACGGGCCUCCGAAUGGUGUCGGUGGUCCGUACGGUGCCGGACAACCACAGUACGGUAUACCACCGGUUCCUCAGAUGCCAAUGCAGCCGCUGCAACCACAACCUUCAUCGCAGAUGCAACAGACGAACGCUCCUCCACCACCGCCAAUGAUGCCGCCAAUGUUCCCCAUGUCUGCACCAUCGAAUAUACCCCAGCCUCCAGCACCGCCUAUGCCACCAAAUCUGAGUAAUGCGGGUGCUCCACCACCACCACCACCACCGCCCGGUAUGCUUUCUUCCAAGCCGGGUGAAAUUAAUUCCUUGGCCCUCCAGCUGGCCAGUGCCAAACUGAAACGCAGCCAACCACAGAAGGGUUCCUUAUCGUUAGUGGUUAAUGCUGGCGGUUCGUCCAACACGUCGAUAGCGUCCACCACUAGCGUCAACAAUGCUGUAACGUCCACCGUGACGGAAAACAGUGGCAGCAGUACAUCGAGCGGAGGUAGUGGUAAUUAUGGAACCAUAGGACGAUCGUCAUCCGGUAUGGCAUCGAUGAUGGAUGAAAUGGCAAAAACUCUUGCUAGGCGUCGGGCGCAGGCCGAAAAGAAGGAGCCGGACUCCAACGACGAUGGUGGUGCUGCAGGAUCCGGUGGACGCCAGCGGGCCUGGGAAAAAUCAAGCACCCUACCACACAAACUGGGCAGCAACAAUGCUAGUGGUGGAGGAGGCAACAAUUCCGGCCCGGGUGGUGCAAGUCUGAGCGGUUCGGAAUCACCGAAACCGUCGCGAAAACGUUUUGGCAGUGCCAGCGAAGAAACGAUACUGAAGCAGAUCAAUGGUGGUGACAGUUUCUCCCUUCCAACCGCGGUCGAGUUCGACAAUCUGAAGGAGGAAAUAUUGCGUGAAAUGCGCAACGAGCUUGCGAAAGCGAAGCAAGAAAUUAUAGAAGCUAUCAAAUCCGAAUUCAACCGCAGGUAAACGCAACUCCGCUUUGUUGCCUCCGUUUUUUUAAAGGCACUAGAAACCGAACGGGAAGAAACACACGUGCACACCAUUUCUAUUACCGCAAAUUACUACCACUACAAACUAUCAUUAACUACUGUAAUAACAAGCAGAUAAAAACAAUGGGACGCGACCACACACAUACGGCAGUCAAAGAUGAGAAGCAUCGAAAUGGUAACAUUAGAACCAGACAAAACAUGGCAACGAUUAGACUACAACGGGGUGAACAUUCGGUCGCGAAUGGACACUGGUUCGCUGCUGGUGUGCAGAUUUUACUUCACUUGAUCGAAUCCCUUCAUUUGUACAUUAAAUGAAUUUGUUUUCGAUUGCUAUUUUAAUUUUACGUUCAUCAAUGACGUAUUUCUUUUUGCUUAAUGAUUUAUCGUCAUUUUUUGUUUUUUUUUGGUAGAAAGUAAUUAAUGUUGAUAUCAAAUCAAAUAUAUUUUCGAAAUACAUUUUUUAUGUAUAACAUUUACCACGAACGUUUCGAUUUGCUAAACGGUUGAAGCUGUUUUGCUGCAUACUUUUUAAUUUGUGCUUUUUUAUUUAUGGCCAUAGAGAGGGAGAGUGCGAGAGAAAAGAAGAAAGAAGGAUAGUUUGUCGUAAAGCAACUACAGAUGGACGCAAACUGUUGAAGACAGGUUAACGAUGUUGACUGUUGGAGCCUGUAUGAAAGUAAAACGACGGCGGGACACAGCAAAUCAAUUAUUGUCAUGUAUAUCGCUCGUUAAGGCGUAGCCAAGAAGCAAAGAAUUGAUGCUAACCGUUAGUAAAUUCUGUGUAGCCCCAACAUUUUGCACACGUGGUUCGUAUUCUGUUUUUUUUUUAAACCCGGUUGUUUUUACUGUGUUUAUUUUAAUUGCUGUAUCAUUGCGGCACAAUGCAUCUGCAAGCAGUUUGUGAAACACAAGUUCUUCACCCACCAAAAGAAAUAAUUUGUGGACUUUAUCGAAGAGAGAGAGAAAAAAAUAAUACAAAUACACCAUUCACUUGCGCGAAGGAAACUGAACUACAAGACUCCAAACGUUUAUACAUAUAUCGUAAAAAAAGUGCAGUUGAGGUAGUCGAAAGCAGAACUAAUGAAUUAGCAUAAUAUACAACAUAUACUCGGACACGGCCGAGCGUUCGAAUGGCAUACGUAUCGAUGAAAAGAUGUGAAAAACAUGUUCCCAUGUGGAAUUUGAUAUCAAUUUUUUGUGCGCCAUUGUUGUUGUGGUUAACCGUUUUUGGUCCGUGUGAUGUACCACCCGUUGAUAUGUUUCUCUGCCCCUUCCCUAUCUUCAGCCGUAUCGCGUUAUAGUAAUAGUAUCAUCAUCUCGUACAAGCUCUUGCAAUGUUAAAAAAAAGCUAACCGAAAGGGAGGUGAAACGCGUUUUGGUUAGCCUUAAAGUGAAGUCAUUGCUAUUAAGACCAUUGACAGGGUAUUUGCAACAAAAAAAAAGAUAAAACAGUGCGGAAACGAAGCAGUUCUUUGAAUCGAAUGUCUAUCCAUGUGUCUCUAUGUGUCAGCCAUAUUAUCUGUCUCAUUAUUAUUACUCUUUGGAGAACAAUGAAACAAAAAAAAAAGAAAAUUCAAAAUCACUAAACUUUCAAACAUAACUACAUCAUCGGGAACACAUGAAUUAAAACUAAACCUUAAAUACUUAAGUGCGCGACGAAAGCGAAAGAUUUAGAAUUAAAAAAAAGGAAAUGGGGGGAAAAAAAUCUAAAACCAAAACGAAAGCUUUUUUCCGUUGUUUUCCCCCACUUUUUGGUCAAAAUGCGCAAAAUAGUAAAAUGAGAGUAGCGAGUGACUAACACUCAAAUAAAACGGCGCAGAACACGCAUCCGUAUGCAAAAAUGCACACCGAAGCAAACUAAGCUGAUUAAAUCAAAAUGUAGUAUAAAUUUAGUGAACACUUUCUGGAAUCGGAUCGAAUUCGCACGGGAUGCGGUACGGUUUGAUUAAGUCUCUAGCGUUGGAAUGUAAAAGAACACACACACACACACACACUUAAUUUUAAGGUUGCGCGCACAAACGCGAUUGAGCAUUAGACGAGAGCGGUUAUUGUAAGAGUUGGAGGAGGUUUACCGAUAUGUGCAAGCGCUAAAACCGAUACGGACGGACUACACAAUCGAAUUUUUGUACAUAAAGCGAAAGACUAAACGGAAUGCGAAUGUAAACGCUGUGUGAUGAAUCGGAUAAUCGGACCGAAGAACAGAAAGUGGGACGAACGGGGUACGAAUUGGAUGUGUGAACGCGUAACACUUUCAUUAUAGUCAUGUCGAUGGUAGUAGUUAUAAGCAUAGUGAGGGAAUGAACGGGCGACACAGUUGAUAAAUUAGCAACAAAUGCGCAUACAUGUUAAUACGAAACUGAACCGCAAAACGCUUUCUUUCCGGUGUUACCGGCGUGUACCAUCGGUUGUUCUGUAGCGUAGAUGGAAUGAAUCCACGGUGGUGUAGUUGCAUUAAAUUAAAUCUUCCCUCGGAACUGAACUGACAUAAAUGUGUUGAGGGUCUAUUCCUGUCCGUAAUCGAUCGCGUACACAAGCGGCGGGAAGCAAUUGUAGAGCGAAACAAGUACGACAAAGCUUGCAAAGAAGAAGCAAUGUGUGUGGUGUACGUAUUCUUAAGUUGAUCUUCUUACAGCACGAACACUGCGUGGUGCCGUUUCCGAAACAAACGCGUAGAUAUGCUCUCUUUUAAAUAAUGUACGACUGCAAACCGGGUGUGUACACGGCGUACACACUGAUAAGGAUAACGCUUUUAAAAAGAAAUGCAAGCGAUAAUGGUAGGAUGGAAGGAAAAUGUUAAAUCACCAUGAGUCAAAACCGAACACUAUACAAUACCGAUAUCUAUCUAAAUAUGCAAAAGAAAAUGGCGAAAAAAGGAAAAAAAGCAUGGAAAUUGGAAUGUUAAAUGGCUACGCUACUAUCACCGCGCAACGGGUUUUGAAUCACGCCAUGUUACGAAUUAUCGCAAGCUAAAAGCAUACAAUAGACCACAGAAACGAAGAGCGUAAAUGAAGGCGGCGUUUGGCUAAAGAACAAAAAAAAGAAAGCCCAAAACAAAAUAACAAAAAUCAAUAACAAGCAAAUAAGAAACACAUACGCACACACAAACAUAACAAGCAAAAGAUUUCCGUUCAAAGAACACAGACAAAUAUUAACAAACAAAAAAAAAGGUAAAAUAAAUUGCACGACCGGAAGACAAAUCACACACAACAAAACACAGCGGUUUGCUAUAUGUUAAGGCUUUGUACAGACGUAAGGUUUACUUUCAUGUUUUCAGUUAACUUUCGUUACUGUUUUAGUAAAAUUAUUUAUUCUGCAUCGAUGGUUCAUAAUGUUAGCUCCUUUUUUUCUCGUUUUAUUGUUUUUCCCAUUCAAGUUUAGCUCUUUUGUAUUAAAAUUAACAUUGCUUUGCAAAAAUAGGUAGAUUUAAAAUGUCUUUCUACAGUUUGCUUAAAAGUCUGUACAAAGUCUUAACUAAAUGCUGACCGCGUACACCACACAUAACAAAACUUAUAGUAAAGGAAAUAAUGUUGAACUGUUAAUGCGAAAUAUCAGCGACUGGUAAUUUAAAAUGUAAGGACAUAUGAUGAAUCAAGACAGGAGACUAAGAAACAGCUAGGCAAUGAAUAGAGCAACCGGGAACACGAGCAAGAAGGUGACGAACGCGUAAUGUGCGCAAAUCUAUCGAAAGCAACCAAACAAGCAAGAGGACGAGUUAAGAGGACGAUCGUUUAAACACGUGUAAAACAAAAAAGGAAAUGUUUCAGUUUCAGCGUUUCUUCUUAACGUACACAUUUCGACUUCCAUUAUAUGGUACAUUUCUUCUUCCCUGUUCUAUAUCGGAACCGCAUAAAGGCAUGGAAAUUGUCACACGUAAUAAGCAGUAUUAAAACAAUGGACACCAGUAAUGAACGAUACGGAUUUGUCUUGUGGAGCAAAGAGAUAGACAGAACGAAAGAUGGUCAGUUGUAUAAAGAGAAAAGUUUGGCAGAAUUUCGUGCAGAAAGAUAUGUUUUUAAACCUGUGCGCGCUUGCAAAUUCAAAUAUCGUUUGUCUCAUGGUAGCACGAGUGUUUAUUCGUUUUAAUGAUUCACCCUCGCGGCAAGUUAGAUUUGGUUCGGUUUAUUAAAGAACGGAACAGCGCACAGUUUGUAAAUGCUUUUUUUUUUAGUAACGCUUUUUCUCUGCAACCAUUUCGCUACUUUACACCGGUACCGUUUAGGGAUUUUAAAACCGGCAUUCAUGGCACGUGAUCGGAAACAGGGAGGUUUUGGGUGGAUGAGAUAUGAGAUUAAGGAUUAUGAGGAGGUAUAAGGCUAUUAGGGCACGAUCAAACAAAACUCCUCAUUUUGAACUGUGAUCGUUUUGUGUCACGAUGGCGGCGGCGAACGUCUUCUGGUGUAGGUGGAAAGGGUGUAGGAUAUUGUGCGUAUAAGAUGCUUUUUCUGCUUUCUACGUACUCUCAAAACCAAGGAAUCGAUUUUUAACCGUUUUUUCGAUCACUUCUUGUCAGAGGUACACAUACACACACACAUAUACAGACAGUAGUCGUCACACACAGCUAGAGUUUAUAGAGGGUGAGUUGUAGCGUUGGAUGGGCCAAGUGAGACAACAAUGAUAAUAUGGUGCAAAGGUAUAGCGGAAGGUCCUUUUCAGCAGGAAAGAAGCUCCAAUCUGAUCGGUAGGAAAUACAAAAAAGAAACACAAAUAGGCAGGAGGCACCACCACCACCACGCGCAUUAUACAUGCAUAUACGACGAAGCUAUUGGUGGGAUGCAUCUAUGCUACUACAUUAGAUGAUUUGUGAUUUUAUGUUAACUUUAAUUUUGUAGUAUUACUUUUAUUUACCUUUAAAAGAUAAGACGUGCAGAAUGCGAUUAUUGAUAUAUAUAUAUACAGACACACAUAAAUAUACAUUUAUCUUAUUAUUCGCCAAGAGAUGAUUAACGAAAGUGGUGCGUAACUGCGUAAGAAAAGAAAAAAAGGAAACAAAUAAACAAAAAAUGCUAAUAUUAGGAGAAAUUAAUUGAACGGAUUUGGUUGGCCGAUAGAGGAGAACACACAGACGCGGGGAGUUUAGUAGUUGGAAUGAAGGAACGGAAAAGAAUGUUGUCUAAGGGUCGUAACCAAUUCGAGUGAUUCAAAUGAAAGCAUAGCAACGUGCUGUACCCAAUAAGCGGUGGGUAGAUGGAUGGCCACACAUGGUCUCUCGGUACUGGACGUUCAUUGGUUUGUGGUGGGUGUAGCAGCGUGGUUAAUGAACGAUGGACGAUAGAGAUUAAUUAAACAAUACAACAAGAAACACAGUUAUUGCAGUAGAUCAAACAGAAAGGAAGCGAACAGGACAAAACAUUGAAACACUCACACAAAAUCAGCUAAAUUAGAAGAAACAAACAACAAUACGCAAUAUGUGUAUUAUCGCGAAAGUUUUGGCUAAAGGAAUAUAAAAGUCUUGAAAAGGAAAAUAUAACAUACAAGUCACACACAAAUACAAAAAGGACAUACACACACACACACGCACACUGACUACUGACACACAUACACAUUAUUAUAGAUAACCUACAAAUUUUAUAAAAUUAACAAACAAGAACAACAAAAAAACAUAUUGCGAUUAAUAAAAAAAGUGAAAAAGUGAAGUAAACGUAAUAA